UGUUAUUGAGUCUCAAUGGGGCCCCAUUGAGGUUCUAACGCGAGUGACGCCAAUUUACUUCAUUAUUGCUAGUAUAUUAUGACGUAGAACUGUAGAUCGCUGAUGUGACGUCACACGAAUUAUACAGACAACCAUGCCGCGAAAGGAGCGACGAAGAAAAUUGCUUAAAAAUACUUUAUUUCAUGAAGCUAAGCGAUGUAAAAAGCUAGAUGGUUUUUUAAAUUUGGCCUGCACUGGUAACACAGUUUCAACUCAGGAUGGAGUCAUUGCUACUGGUAACACAGUUUCAACUCAGGAUGGAGUCGUUGCUACUGGUAACACAGUUUCAACUCAGGAUGGAGUCGUUGCUAUGUGUAACACAGUUUCAACUCAGGGUGGAGUCCUUGCUACUGGUAACACAGUUUCAACUCAGGAUGGAGUCGUUGCUAUGUGUAACACAGUUUCAACUCAGGAUGGAGUCGUUGUAUCAGGAAACACAGCUUCAACUCAGGGUGGAGUCCUUGCUACUGGUAACACAGUUUCAACUCAGGAUGGAGUCGUUGCUAUGUGUAACACAGUUUCAACUCAGGAUGGAGUCGUUGUAUCAGGAGACACAGCUUCAACUCAGGGUGGAGUCAUUGCUACUGGUAACACAGUUUCAACUCAGGAUGGAGUCGUUGCUAUGUGUAACACAGUUUCAACUCAGGAUGGAGUCGUUGUAUCAGGAGACACAGCUUCAACGCAUGAUGGAUCCGUUGUUACUGAUUUCAAUGAUCAUUCUUACUUUGACCUUGGAAAAAUCGUUAAAAACAAAAUUGAUGUCCGUCACUUUAGUGAUAAUGAAAAGUGCAAAUACAUGGAACAACAUUUUGUGCCUCCGGUGGGAUAUAAAACAUUUUGUUCACAAGUUGUAAGACAAAGGGGUGAUGAAAAAACACUAGUUUUUAGGUCUCAGUGGCUGGACGAGUAUACAUGGUUAGUGUACAGUCCUUUAUUAGAAGGCGGACUCUGCAAGUACUGUGUUAUGUUUCCGCCCCGCAAUAAAAGUGUUGGUGUCUUAAUAAAUAAAGCAUUUACAAACCUCAGAAAAGCCAAGGGCUCAAAAGAUGGUAUUCUAGAUAACCAUAUGCGCCUUGACUACCACAAAGAUGCCCUGAUUGCUGCAGAAAUAGCCAAACAGAAUUCGAGUAAACCCUCACAACAGGUGGAUUGUAUCUUAGACCGGAAAAGAAAACAACUGUUUGAAGAUAACUUGCAUAUUUUGAAAUGCAUUGUUGAUGCAGUUGUUUUUUGUGGAAAACAGAAUAUUGCGCUUAGAGGACAUCGAGAUGACAGUAGUAGUACAGCUUCUAAUCGUGGCAAUUUCUUAGCAACUCUUGAUCUCAUGGCGAAAAGUGAUAAAAUUCUGCACACUCAUCUAGAAAGAGGAAAACAAACAUCGAAAUACACCAGCAAAACUAUACAAAAUGAAAUUGUAGUCCUUAUCGGAGAUUUUAUUCGACACCACCUAACAUUAGGCAUUAAAGCUGGAUCACCUAGUCCAUUCUUUUCCAUAAUGGCAGAUGAGGUUACUGACACAUUUGGCAAUCAGGAAAUCCUAUCUCUUUGUUUGAGAUUUUUGCAAACAAAUGACGUAAAUAAUGUUGAAAUUAUCGAAGCAUUCUUCAAUUACUCGUUUUUGAAACGCACCACAGGUAAAGCAAUAUCUGAAAGCAUCCUUGAUAUUUUGCGGGCAAACGAACUAAACAUUGAUAACUUACGUGGGCAAGCUUAUGAUGGUGCAUCAGCCAUGUCUAGUGAGGUCAAUGGUGUAAAUGGGAGAAUUCGAAAUGUUGCUCCGAAAGCUCUAUACACACAUUGUAACAGUCACGUUCUAAACCUUUCGAUCGCAGCUUCGUGCAAGAUGACGCCUGUUAGAAACAUGAUAGGUUCAUUAAAUGAAAUAUACUUAUUAUUUCACAAUUCUCCGAAACGACAACGUUUUUUUGAACAGGUACUUGCUAAACUAAAAUGUGAAAGUACCAAAAAGAAACUUCUUGGUUUAUGUAAAACCAGAUGGGUGGAACGCCACAGUUGCUACGACACAUUCCAUGAGCUGUACUCAGAACUGACGACAUGCCUGGAUGCUAUUGUUAAUCCUGCACUAUAUCCUGACAUAUAUGGUGAAGAAAAUUGGUUGUGGGAUGGGAUGCCAACACGAGAACCACAGCUCAGGGAUUGUUAA